AUGCUGGACCAAUGCGUCCUUGUCUUCACUGCCCUGGGAUCGCUGGGACAAGGCAUGCCACUGCUAUUUCAACAGGACACGAUGUUGGAGAUGCUUGAGGAGAAGGAGAAGAAGGCACUGGGGAACUCCGCCUUCGCUCGCUGGUGCUUGAUGGGCCAUCAAGGCUGCUUGCACCUCGUCUUGGCUGCAGUCUGUGUCAUGUCGGCCGUGCUGUUCCAAGUUCGAGAGCGUUUCUACGUUCACGCCCUCCUCUUCCUUUACAACUUCUCGGCCUUGUUCUAUCAUCGCAGAAUGUGGAAUCUCUCGAACCAAGCCCCUCUCUGGUUUGCAAACGAGCAAACUUUCUGGUUCAACGUCUAUGCGUUGGUCGCUUCUUCCGCGGCGAAUGCGCUUGGUGUCGUUGCCGCCUUUUGGAAGUGGCAAAUGACGCUCUGA